GUCACAAAGCGCUGCAGUGUACAAAGACUCUAGACACCACUUAGCGACAAGCAAUUGCGCGACGGUGCAGUCCUCUCGGCGGGCGCAGCUGACAGCGUCUAAUGGCCUCGCUAAACAGCAAAAUGCAAAGCUGCAUGCAGCCAGUUUUCGGCGCUUCUGGACGAAGACUUUGCAGCGGGCUGAGACUGGCGCGACUGCCAAGAGUCCAUGACCGCCGCCAAGUCAUCGUGUCCGCCGCCCGCGCGAAGGAGGGCCCCAGCCAAAAAAAGAAGACAGCGAGCGAGGCGGGGCCUCGCAAGUGCCCCUGCGGCUCGGGCGCGCGCUACCAGGACUGCUGCGAGGCCGUCGUGGAGGGCGCCUGGGCUCGCACUGCCCCCGAGCUCGCGCGCGCCCGCUGGACCGCGCUCUCGCUCAACAAGCCGCAGCUGCUCGCCGACUCCACCCACCCGGAGGCUCUGGACGCCAUCGGCACCAAACACAACCUCCGCAAAAAGGUGGAGCAGCUGCUGCAGCGCCGCGGCGCCGGUAGCUCCGCCGGCGCGGGCGCGGGCUUCGGCAGCGGCGGCGGCGGCUCCGCCGCCGCUUCGCCCCUGCCCCUGCCCGUGCUCGCCGACUGCGUGCACGGGCAGUCGCCUGAUGACCCCAACAGCUGGUACGUCGUACUGGCGGUGUCGUACGGGCCGCCGGGGGCGGAGGGCGUGGCAGUGCUGACGGAGCGCUACGUGCGCGACGGCGGCCGCUGGUGGUUCGUGGAGGAGCCGCGGGAGGUGCCCAUGCUGGAGCAGUUCGUGGAGUUCUGGGACAAGUACGUGUUUGAUGACGAGGAGGGAUACGAGGAGGGAGAGGAGGGCGGCGAGGAGGGCGGGAAGCGGCGACGGAGGCGGCGGCGGCAGGGCGGCUGGAUGGGCUCGGAGCCCUUCCAGGGCCGCUUCGAGUACGGCUGGCUGACGGUACCGCCGCGAGCUGGCGCGCUGCAGCUGCUGCCGCCCCUCCCCGCCUCCGUCGCGGCCGCCGCGGCGGCAGCUGCGGCGGGCGCCAGCGCCAGCGGCACGGGCUGGCUGGUGGAUGAGUGGCCGGCCGCGGCCACGGCAUCAGCCGGCGGCGGCGGCAGUAGCAGCAGCAGCGGCGGCAACGGCAGUAGCAAUGCCAUGCAGCAGGCGGCGGGCGGGUGGGUGUAUCUGGACACGGCUGCUGACCCGGAGACGGGUCUGACGGCGGCGCAGGCGGCGGUGGAGGGCGCCCGGCUGCUGGAUGCGGCGGCGUCGCUGCGCGACCCCGCCCUGGACUGGGACAGCUACUAUUUCCGACACGGCCGCUUCGACGCCCCUGGCGGCAGCAGCAGCAGUAGCAACAGCGGCGGCAGCAACCCUAGCAGCCGCGGCGGCGGCGGUGGCAGUAGCAGCAGCCGGCGCGCCUCGCCGGGCCCCCGCCCUGCGGCUCUCAGUGCGGAGCAGCAGGCGCUGCAUGACGCGGAGGACGAGCUGAUUGCGCUGUGGAGCUGCGUAGAGGGCGACCGGCUGGCAGUGCUGGAGCGGCGGCGGCAGGUGUGGCGCGACAGGCGCCAGAAGCAGGGCGGCCGUCGCGGCCGGCUGGGCAUCAACUGGCUCACAGCGCUCAAGCCGCCCGGGCUGGACUCCAUUCCCGAGGAGGCGCACUCCCCCUCCCCCUCCGCCACCUCGCCCGAGCCCUCGCGUGCCAGCAGCGGCGCCUACAGCGGCGGCGAGGGCGGCAGCGGCGGAGGUGGAGGUGGAGGCGGAGGUGGAGGCGGAGGCGGAGGUGGAGGCGGAGGCGGAGGUGGAGGUGGAGGCUGUAGCAGCUGGCGCUCGGCGCCGCUGCUGGGGCCACGGGAGCAGCAGCGGCAGCCGUUAGUGGGCGGUGGGAGGGCGAGUUGCGGCAGCGGAAGCGAAGGCUUGGGUCGCGCUGGCAGUGGGAGUGAGCCUGGUGCCAGCCACGGCGGUGUGCGGGAAGCAGAUGAGGAGGACGCGGACCUGGGCUGGGGCGGCGGCAGGGGCGGCGGCGCGAAGUGCAGCAGCAGUAGCAGCAGCGGCGGCAUUGGCAGCAGCAAAAGUGUUGGUGGCGGUGCCGGCGGCGGCCGAAGCAACGCCGGCGGCAGCCGAAGCAGCGGCGGCGGCGCGGCGGCCGUGGCGGCGGCAUUGGUCAAGAGCCUUGUGGCUGGCGGCGGCGGGGCGGGGGGCGGCGGCGGGGCUUACGCAUGUUUGCCGGGGCACGAACCCGAGCCGGAGCCCGACCCAGGCGGGGAGCGCUCGCGACUGUUGGGCGUAUCGCCCGCCUCCUCGUCUUUGCCCCGGCCGCCAGGCCGGCCGGGCGCAGCCGCCCGCGAGGCCGGCGCGGCGGCGGCGGAGGGCGGCGCGGACGGGGCCGACGGGUUGGGCGGUCCGUCGUCCGACAUGCCAGGCGAGGAGCCCAGCCUGCUGGCAACGUUGGGCGCCAUGGCCGGCGACAUCCGCGCGCUGGCGGGCGGGCCGGAGGCGAGGGCGCUGGGGCUGGCGCUGGGGCUGGCGUUCCUGAACCAGGCCAACGCCUCCACUGCCAUUAUCAACUACGCGCCCAGCUUGCUUGCUCGCCUUGGCGGCGACGGCGGCGACGGCUCCAGUGGCAACAGCGGCGGCGGCGGCGGCGGGUCGUACAAGGACGACGGCGACGCCAUGCUGUACACGGGGGUGGUGGGGGUGGCCAAGCUGGCGGGCGUGUGCGCAGCGCUAGUACUGGUGGACCGCUGCGGGCGGCGGCCGCUGCUCAUUGGCGGUGCGCUGGCGUGCGGCGGCGCGCUGGCGGGCAUGACGGCGGUGGCGGCGGGCGCGGCGGGCAGCGCCGACUUGCAGUCGCGGCGGUGGCUGUUGGAGCUGUGCAUGUGCGGCUUCGCGUUCUGCUUCAGCAUCUCCUGGGCGGGGCUGUUCUGGGUGGUGGUAUCGGAGCUGUUCAGCAUGGGCGCCAAGUCCGCCGCCAUGUCGGCCGCCACCGCACUGCUGUUCCUCACGGGCGCUGUGACAGACCUGGUGUUUCUGAGUCUGGAGGACGCGCUGGGGCCCUUCGUGUUCCUGCUGUUCGCGGGCGUGUGCCUGGCGGGCGCAGUCUUCGUGGCGGCGGCGCUGCCGGAGACGAAAGGCCGCACGCUGGCGGAGGUGCAGACGCUGAUGGCGAGCAGUGGGAGUGGGAGAGGGGGUGGUAGAGGGCAGGGAGGCGGCGGGGGAGACGGGCGGCGGUGGGUGGAGAUGCGGCCCCGGGGCCAGUCGUGAGGGAGGCCGACGCGAUAGUCCGGAGUUCCACAUGCGCAGGUGGGGGAGCAAGGCAAGCCAGGACCCGUUGUAAAGCGCCGCCUGC